AGGGAUUAUUUGAUUUGUGCUCCUCAGAAUCAGUAAACAAGGCCUGUUAUACAGUCUAUUAAGGACAAUUGUUGCCAACAACCUCACAUGGAACCAGUGCCUUUAACACAAAUACACCUGACGCAGCUAGAAAUAAAUAAUGGGAGAGGUUUUUAGUAAGAAGGAAGGAAAAUCUCCAACAAGAAACCCAACACAGAUAGAGAGGAACACCAACUUACAUAAAGCUUUAUCAAAGUCUACACCUGACUUAUUUGAGGAACAAAAACCCAAACGGAGAAAGUUUAUAAAGAUUGGUAACAUCAAAGUCAGCGUAAUACAAGGAAAGAUAGCUGAAGAGACUGCAGAUGUUAUUGUAAACAGUGUGAACAGUGACCUUGACCUGGAAACAGGUCGUGGGUCAAAGGCUUUAGCUGACAGUGGGGGUGAUGCAAUUCAAAAAGAAUGUGAGGAGAACUAUCCAGGGGGGAUAACUGAGAAUGAAGUGGCUGUAACCAAUGGUGGAAAUCUAAAAUGUCGUAAAGUUUAUCAUGUGACCUUACCUAAAUGGGAAGACCACAACAAACAGGCAAUAACCACGGCUAUGACUAAUUGUCUAACAAUGGCUGACCAGUAUGGAGUUACUUCCCUUGCCUUACCUCCCUUUGGAUCAGGAUAUUUGAACUACCCAGACGAUGUAUUGACAGAUACCAUGCUACAGUCAGUCGUGGACUUUGAACAGUUGUUUCAUUCAACUUCUAUCGAUUCUAUUGUUAUAGUUUGUCACAGAACACAGAAUUCUGUAUAUAGGGCAUUUGAAAGGAAAGCAAGGGAAUUAUCAGGUGCUGUAUCUCAGGGAGGCAGUCAUUCAUGUAAAUGUGGACAUAUUAAUGUUAUAAUACAGAAAGGGACUAUAACAAAACAAAGGUGUGAUGUGAUGGUUAUAACAGCAUCUAAAGAAUUAAAGUUAAAGUAUGGAGCAUUAUCUAAGUCAGUACUAGACGCUGCUGGACCAGAAAUACAGACUGCUUGUGAUAAUAACUAUCCCUCGGGUGUAAGCUAUGGAGAGGUGGCAGCUACCCGAGCAUACAAACUUCAUUGUAGAUUUGUUUACUUUGGUUCUUUACCUGACUGGAAAAAUACCUCAGAUAAUCCACAACAGGUUCUGACAGAUUUUAUCACUAACUGUCUGGAGAAAGCACAUAGCCAUGACACCAAGUAUUUAGCCUUCCCCACCCUGGGGACAGGAGCUCUAAAGUACCCCCCUGAUGUGAUGGCCAAGACUAUGGAGAGUUGUAUCAGGAGGUUUGAUCUAAAGCAUGGGAACACAAAGUUACAACACAUCUACGUUGUCAUCUUUGACAGGAGUAAAGACUGCAUGGUUGUGGAAAAUGCUUUGCUUAAGGAAUUUCAAGUUACAAAAGGUCUGACUUUAAAGAUGCCAUCAGCCCCACCCCCUACAGUGGAGCCAUCUGCCCCACCCGAGUCCCCAGCUCCAGGAACACCAGCUUUCUUUCUGUGGAUGUACCAAUACCAGGACAAGCCUCCUAGUUACUGGUCAAUAUUUGGUCCAGCUAAGUCUCUGAAGGAAUGGAACUCACAGACCAAGAGAGAACGUUAUAAACUGGCUAAAGUGACAAGACAGAUAGAAACAGCAGUCCGUAAAAUUGUAGAAGAAACAUGGAUACAGAAAUUCGUUGGAAAAGGUCGUGAUGGUGCUGGAUUGGAAGACUUGAAUUAUACAAAUAUUCAAGUGACGAAAGUUGAAAGGAUUGAAAAUACAGAACUUUUUGAAAAGUAUGUUCAAAUGAGAGGAAAGCUAUUCCACAAAGCUGGAGUACUAGAAACACCUUUUGAUCAGUUAGGAGAUCUUACUAAGGGGGUUAAAAAAAGGAGAAUUUUUACCACUGGAAAAGCUGAUAAGAAUGUGUUUACCGAUGUUUACCCUGAGAUUAAUGAACACUAUCUGUUCCAUGGUACCCAGGAAGAUAGGAUUCCUACGAUCGCCACACAGGGUUUUGACAUCAGACUGACGGACAAGGCUAUGUUUGGAGCAGCCGUCUACGCAUCAGAAAGCUCAACAAAGGCAGAUCAGUAUGCAGAUAAAAAAAGUGAAAGGGACAAAUCAAAGCCAAAGAAGAUGAUUCUGUUGAGAAUGGCGCUAGGAGAAAUCUUUGUCACUGAAACAGAAAAGAAGUUUGCCCGUCCCCCUUGUAAAUCUUGUGAAAAAGACAAAUGUACAGAUCCUUCCCAUAAUUCCUCGGGACACGGAUCAUAUGACUCAGUUGUUGUUGAUGGGUCGUGGAAUUUCCGUGAGUUUCUUGCUUUUGAUGCGUCACAGUGUUAUCCUGAGUAUGUGAUUACUUAUCAGCGAGUAUAAUGACAGUGUCAAAGUUAUCCUGAGUAUGUGAUUACUUAUCAGCGAGUAUAAUGACAGAGUUAUCCUGAGUAUGUGAUUACUUAUCAGCCAGUAUAAUGACAGUGUUAUACAGAGUACACAAUCACUUAUCAAUGACAAUGUAUAUAUAUGUGAUAAC